GACCAAAAGGAGUAGCACCUCUGAGAAGAUAAAAUCCAAAUCCCAAAUUUCCGACACAACUUCACCUUAGAGAGACGCCGUCGGCUUUCUCCGAAAGCAGAAGCACGUAGCCGCCGUAUCGACCAGUUCCGGCCGUAUUCGUGGGUGGACCCACCACCGUGGACAGAAAACAAGUGCAGGAUUUUUUUUCUGUGAGUCUUGAGUGAAGCAGCUACGAAGCACGAGAAGAGCCAUGGACUCAGACAAAGAGCAAGAGAUGGUGCCACUGAGCCUAAGACCAGAGUGGUCUGAUGUCAAACCCAUUCCACAAGAUGAUGGCCCGAAUCCUGUUGUUCCAAUCGCCUACAAGCAAGAGUUUAGAGAAACCAUGGACUACUUUCGUGCCGUCUACUCAGCCAACGAGCUCUCUCCACGUGCUCUUCAGCUCACUCGAGAAGCCAUCCUUCUCAAUCCAGGAAAUUACACGGUUUGGCAUUUUAGGCGUCAAAUACUUGAAGCACUUGAUGCUGACUUGCUUGAGGAACUCGAUUUUGUUGGACAUAUUGCCAAGGGUAACUCUAAAAACUAUCAAAUAUGGCAUCAUAGACGGUGGGUUGCUCGGAAAUUAGGGACUUCUGUGACAAGCAAGGAGCUUGAUUUCACUAGGAAGAUACUUUCCCCUGAUGCUAAAAAUUAUCAUGCCUGGUCCCAUAGGCAGUGGGUACUUCAGGCAUUAGGAGGGUGGGAAGAUGAACUUGACUAUUGUCAUCAGCUUCUUGAUGAGGAUAUAUACAACAAUUCUGCAUGGAAUCAGCGAUACUUUGUAAUAACUAGGUCUCCCUUCCUUGGGGGUCUUAAGGCCAUGAGAGACUCAGAAGUACGCUAUACUGUUGAAGCCAUUAUGGCCAACCCUGAUAAUGAGAGCCCAUGGAGAUACCUUCGAGGCCUUUACAAGAACGACACUGAGUCUUGGAUUACUGAUCCUAGAGUCUCCUCAGUAUGUUUGAAGGUUUUGAAUACUAAAAGCAACUAUGUAUUUGCUCUGAGCACUCUUUUGGAUCUGCUUUGUCAAGGUUUUCAGCCAAGUCAAGACUUCAGAGAAGCUGUAGAUGCACUGACUCCAGAAUCAGCUCCAGCUGAUUCUAACUUGGCAAGGGCAAUUUGUGAUGUAUUGCUGCAUGUUGAUAAGAUGAGAGCUAACUACUGGAUAUGGCGCAAGAGCAAACUUGCUUCAGUGGCCUGAAGUAAACAAGGGAUGGUGUGUCAGUCUUUCAAGGUCAAGGAAGAUGGAAAUUAUUAUCAGUUUUAUAGACUCUUAGUUUUAAUAUGAUCAAUCGAGUUUAUUGGAGAGCAUCUAAUAUAUACAAUAAGCGAUUAAUGAAAACCAAUUCCUGCUACCUGUGUUAUUAUAGCUUCUGAUGUGUACAACUGAAAAGGAGUUUGUUCUGCUGAAUCUAAGGUGAAAUUUGAUGAAGGUAACAACCCAUGAAUUCUGUAUUCACUUGUGUAAUAUAUAUUUUCUCCUUGAAAUAGAACUUGUUUAUGUUUUGGGGUUUGAA